AGUGCUUACAUCAGAGCCUAGUCACCCAGGUGUUCUGUGACUAACUCCCUUUGGGCACAUUACACUUGCACCAACUGUGACAUUUACUUGAGGAAUCUAUAAGGUGGAAAGUAGUAUGGCCCUCGGGCCUCCUAUCAGUGUGUCACCUGUACAAGGAAGGAUGUCUUUCUCAGUGUCGUAUACUGCGGGACUGCAGCAACAUCCACAGCACCGAUGAUGAUCCCGGUGUUUGUCCUGUUUGUUCUGCCCUCUCUGGUCUACUCCAGAGUCAUUCUGGAUGAGCCGGAGUACAUGGUGGUGGAUCCCCCUAAAUGCCCGCUAAAUGUGGACUACCCAAAAUGUGGGCCCAAGCGGGAGGAAGACCAGUGUAAGGUGGACAAGGACUGUGAGGGGGGCAGAAAAUGCUGCACUUCUGGCUGUAAGAAGCUCUGUCUCAUGACACUCAAAGCAAAGUCUGGCUCAUGUCCUUUGUACGAGGCCUCCCUGUGUAACAGCGAGCCACCAUCACCCAAUGAGUGCCACCGAGAUGAUCAGUGUCCCGGCUCACACAAAUGCUGCUACCAGUGCAGGCGUCGGUGCACGCAGAUACUGCCAUUUAAACAAACAAAGAACUUUGAGUGAACAGUCAUGGUAAAUGUGGAUCGUCCCAGUUGUCUUCUCCAGUGGAAGGAUGGACAGAAGGAUUCUCCAGCUGGGAGGAUGAUAUGCAGUAUUAUAGGCUCAGACCUUCUAGACGGAUCAGAUUGUAUUGGGCCCUGUGUUUGAUGAAAAUUCUCACAUAAAUAGUGGAAUGAUCAAGAGAUUGUGGACUUUUUAUUAAUUAUAUUGUUAUAGAUUAAAAUUUGUUGAUAAUAAAAUGAAAAUAAGCUGUCA